GACUGUGGCCGGGGCACUCCAGCGCCCACAACAACCUGGGCACACUUCUUAACGACACCUCGGAGGCCGAGAACCACUUCCGGAUGGCCCUGAAGGCGCACCCUCACCACGCCCACGCCUACUACAACUUGGCCAACCUCAGACAGCAGCAGGGUCGCAUGGUGGAGGCGGUGACGCUGCUGGAGGAGAGUCUACGCUACGAUGCAACCAACAGGGAUGCCGUGUCAACCCUGGCUGGGCUCUACAGUGAGGCCGGACGCUCCACGGAGGCCGAGAGCCUCCACCUGGCACUGUUAGCUGCCCGGCCCUCAGACCCGGUGGUCCACAACAACUACGCCGCCUUCCUCCAGAAGAUCGGUCGUCGGGAAGCGACACUGCGGCACUACGAGGCGGCCCUGAGGCUGGACCCGGAGCACACCGUGGCCCUGGUCAACACCGCCACACUCAUGCUCACUCUACACAACAACACUCAGGCCGAGAUGCUUUAUAAGAGCCAUAAUCGCCAAAGAAUAACUAGAAUAGCAGCGACUGCUGAUCUCCACAAUACCACCACUACUACCACUACCCACACUACCAGUCUCUACGUCUCUACCUUUCUCUCACCCCUGGAUGAUGAUGAUGGUGGGGCCUUGUACAGGGCGCUGGCGGUGGCCUGGGAGGCGGAGAUCGGGGAGAGUCUUGGGAAGCUGUAUCUCAACACUGGUCGCCUGGAGGAGGCGGAAUCUACCUUCACCAGCGUCCUCACCCGCCAUCCCCACAUGCUCUCCUCCACCGUGUACCUGGCGCGGGUGAAGCUUCAGCAGAGGAGCUACCUGGAGAGCGAAGAGCUGCUGCAGAAGGUGCUCGACCAGUCCCCCGGCCACCAGGAGGCGCUCUUCCACCUCUCCCUCCUCUACACCCACACCAACCGCACCCAAGACGCUUUCACUCUCGCCCAACAAGCCGCCCACAACUGCUCGAGGCCGCCCUACCUCUGCGCCCGUCUCCACGCCCACUAUGGAGACCUCCUCAACGACAGACAUAAUGUAGAUGAGGCCGCCCAGAGUUACCUGCUAGCAGUGGAGUUGGAACCGACGCUCACCCACCCGCACAUCAACCUGGGGGCCCUCUACCACGCUAAGGGCGACUACACCCGCGCCUGGAGACACUACCUGACGGCGCACGGGCAGGAGCCCUCCAACACCCUCCUGCUGGAGAACAUGGAGAAGCUGAGACGGGCACAAGAUCUCCAGGCACCCGCCAGCAUCCCCCACUGCCUCAACAAGUCCUGAUAUACAUUCCAAGACCCAAAGGUCUCACUCGAAUCCUUUCUGAGCACUAUUUUAGAUUAAUUGAUUUUUAUAGAAACGGAUCAGAAUUUGUUUAUCAUUUCCCCAACACUCGCU